UAUUGACAGCCCUAUGAAUAAAUUCGAUUUUACAUAACAAACUCUGUGUAGUUUUACCAUUCUAUUCCAUAGUAAAAUCAAGUAACAAAAGGGCACCAUGCUAAUGAACUAUGCAAGUCGAGGUGUUCGCCUUUUACGAGAUAAAAUUCGUUUGGUGAGCACUACAGCUUCAAAUUGCAGUGAUAAUUUAUUUGUUCAUCGUGAUACACCUGAAGAUAAUCAAAAUACACCAUGGGAAUUUACAGAAGAAAAUAAAAAACGUGUAGAAGCUAUUUUAAGCAUUUACCCAGAAGGGCAUAAACGUGGUGCAAUGAUCCCUUUAUUAGAUUUAGCACAACGACAGCAUGGUUGGUUACCAAUUUCUGCAAUGCAUAAAGUUGCCGAAAUUUUAGGUCUCCCCAAUAUGAGAGUAUACGAAGUGGCUACAUUUUAUACCAUGUUUAUGAGAAAACCAACUGGUACAUAUCAUAUUCAAGUAUGUACAACAACUCCUUGUUGGUUGAGAGGUUCCGAUGAAAUUUUAGAAUGUUGUAAAAAAUCUUUAGGAAUCGGUGUAGGUGAAACUACCAAAGAUAAUAAAUUUACAAUAUCAGAAGUUGAAUGCUUGGGAGCAUGUGUUAAUGCUCCAAUGAUAGCAGUAAAUGAUGAUUACUACGAAGAUUUAACAGAAAAAGAUAUGCAAGAAAUAAUUAAUGAUUUGAAGAGUGGUAAAGCUCCAAGAGCUGGUCCUAGAAACGGAAGAUUUGCAUCAGAACCAAAGGGUGGAUUAACGUCCUUAACUGAAGAGCCUAAGGGACCAGGCUUUGGAAUGCAACCCGGAAUAUAAUUUAGAAUAAUUAUGUAAAUUUUAUUAUGUAUUAUGAAUAUUAUUUGCAAUAAGGGAAAAUUUCCAAAUUAA